AUGAAGGUAGCGGUUCGAUUUUUGGCAAGGAACAAUGUGGAUUCUGGAUGGCUCACUCAACUGAAUCCUGUGAAUCAGUUUCUACAGUCAUUAAGUGCUGACGAGAUACUUCUCAAUGCAGGUGCGUGA